AAGCGCCAGCCCCCUCGCCGCGGGGAGGGGUUUCUCACGCCCCGCUCUUGGGUAACUGCGCCGGAGGUCGGAAGGAAGCGGGGCGAGGGAUGAGUCACCCGCCUAAUUCCUCCUUCCCGGUGCCCUCGCCUCCGCACGCCGGCCCCCUCCCGAGAUCGUGCAGCCAGGAGCGAAGAUUCCCCUCAUCCUCACUAAACCCCCUGCGGCCUGCAGAGGAGAGGAGAAGGACGGGGCGUGUGGCCAAUGAGAUUUCCCCUCUCCCUACCGCCGUCCAAUAGGUCGCUGUUUACAGGCCGGGGCGGGACGAGGGGAGCAGGAUGGGGUGGUCUCGGGCUGGCGCGCGGCUCCGCGGUUCGGUGGCUCACAGAGAGAGCGCCUCACAGGGAGUCGGCGCCUAGGCGACGCGGGAAGGCGCCACCGCCACUGCCACUGCCGCCGCUGCUGGCCAAGGUGCUGGACACGACAGGCCUCUCGGCCACCUCGUCACCUCAGGCACCCGUUGCAGCUGCCGCUGCUUCGCUCCCAGCCCGGUCCCCAUGGAAGAGAUGGAAGAAGAGUUAAAAUGCCCCGUAUGCGGCUCCUUCUAUCGGGAGCCCAUCAUCCUGCCCUGCUCUCACAAUAUAUGUCAGGCGUGCGCCCGCAACAUCCUGGUGCAGACCCCAGAGUCGGAGUCCCCUCAGAGCCGACGGGCCUCGGGCUCCGGGGUCUCUGACUAUGACUAUCUGGACCUGGACAAGAUGAGCCUGUACAGCGAGGCGGACAGCGGCUAUGGCUCCUACGGGGGUUUCGCCAGCGCUCCGACUACCCCGUGCCAGAAGUCCCCCAACGGUGUCCGUGUGUUCCCCCCUGCUAUGCCGCCACCGCCCACCCACCUGUCACCGGCCUUGGCCCCGGUGCCCCGCAACUCCUGUAUCACCUGCCCCCAGUGCCACCGCAGCCUCAUCCUGGAUGACCGGGGACUUCGCGGCUUCCCCAAGAACCGCGUCCUGGAAGGGGUAAUUGACCGCUACCAGCAGAGCAAAGCAGCGGCCCUUAAGUGCCAGCUCUGCGAGAAGGCGCCCAAGGAAGCCACCGUCAUGUGCGAACAGUGCGAUGUCUUCUACUGUGAUCCGUGCCGCCUGCGCUGCCACCCGCCCCGGGGGCCCUUGGCCAAGCACCGCCUGGUGCCCCCGGCCCAGGGCCGCGUGAGCCGGCGGCUGAGCCCGCGCAAGGUCUCCACCUGCACAGACCACGAGCUGGAGAAUCACAGCAUGUACUGCGUGCAAUGCAAGAUGCCAGUGUGCUACCAAUGCUUGGAGGAGGGCAAACACUCCAGCCACGAAGUCAAAGCUCUGGGGGCCAUGUGGAAACUGCACAAGAGCCAGCUCUCCCAGGCGCUGAAUGGGCUGUCAGACAGGGCCAAGGAAGCCAAGGAGUUCCUGGUGCAGCUGCGCAACAUGGUCCAGCAGAUCCAGGAGAACAGCGUGGAGUUCGAAGCCUGCCUGGUGGCCCAGUGUGACGCCCUCAUCGACGCCCUCAACAGGCGGAAAGCCCAGCUGCUUGCCCGCGUCAACAAGGAGCACGAGCACAAGCUAAAGGUGGUUCGAGAUCAGAUCUCUCACUGCACAGUGAAAUUGCGCCAGACCACAGGUCUCAUGGAAUACUGCCUGGAGGUGAUUAAGGAAAAUGAUCCCAGUGGCUUUUUGCAGAUUUCUGACGCCCUCAUAAGGAGAGUGCACCUGACGGAGGAUCAGUGGGGGAAAGGCACGCUCACUCCCAGGAUGACCACAGACUUCGACCUGAGUCUGGACAACAGCCCUCUGCUGCAGUCCAUCCACCAGCUUGACUUUGUGCAGAUGAAAGCUUCCUCUCCAGUCCCAGCGACCCCCAUCCUGCAGCUGGAGGAGUGUUGCACCCACAACAACAGCGCUACACUGUCUUGGAAACAGCCACCUCUGUCCGCGGUGCCGGCAGAAGGCUACAUUCUGGAGCUGGACGACGGCAAUGGUGGUCAGUUCCGGGAAGUGUAUGUGGGAAAGGAGACAAUGUGCACCGUGGAUGGUCUUCAUUUCAACAGCACAUACAAUGCUCGCGUCAAGGCCUUCAACAAAACAGGAGUCAGCCAGUACAGCAAGACCCUGGUCCUGCAGACGUCCGAGGACACAGAUUCAGAAGAACAGACACUCCCUUUUCCAGUGCCUUCGGAAAGAUUGCCGCUCCGUAGAAUGAGUCCUUUCUCCUCCACCCUUAAUCUACAACCCAGCUUCCCGGGGGAGAUCCUACUUUGAUUUCCGAUCCUCACCCCACCAGCUGAGCUUGCAUUCCUCUUUACAGUCUCUCAAUGCACCGGGUGAGCUGAGCUCGUCUGACCUUUCCUCUUGAUCUCUGUGCCUUGAAGGCAUCUCUGAAAUACCUGUUUUGUUCUUGCCAUUCAUGUGCGUGGAGAGGCCAAUGAGCUGUCUCUGUGUAUGUGGCCUGCUUCUGGGAUGAGGAGCAUUUGGAUGAUGGAGCUUUGUGGCAUUCUUGUUUGUCAUGUGAGGACCAACCUCUAUGGUUGGUGUAUAUGAUGGUGUUGGAAAGUGUUGAGUGAAGUCGUUCUAUUUGCACGAGCUGGUACCACCAUGGGAAACCUGCUCUGUCAUCACAUGCAUCGGCAUAGCACGCACCAGUGCCGGCUGAGUGGAGGCUGUGGCCUUAGUUUGGAGAUUUGCAACCCUGCUGUAUCCAGGAAACCAGCUGUGUAUGGGAGACUGGAUCAGUGCAUCCAGCCUGGAGUGGUCUGAUUAAACAUAGACUCAAGAGAUCUUUAUUGAAAAAAUAAAAGUGUAAAACUUGCCAACAGCAGAAUGCAUCAUGCGUAGCAGGCAAACCGGAGAGUAGAAAGUGAAAGUAUUUUCUGCAAAAGCCUCUGCUCCCUGGUCCAACAGUCGGUCUCACGGCUGAUUUUUUUCUAAGCAAAGAGGGGACCCACCACAGCUGAAUCAGAAACCCUCAACUAGCUUAAGGCCCAAAGAUGGGAGUCCCUGAAAAGUCUGGCCUCCUCAAAGUUACCCACAGCCAAGAGAGCCGUGGCAGGGCUUCAGGCUCAUACCAGGGAAGCUAGACUAGUGUUUCCAUGCGGUGAACUCGGUCUAGCCAAUAGAAUCUUAAAACAUCUAACACGCAGACCUUUGUGAUCUCUUCAGGACUAUAUUGUAAUCAGGGAUACACACGAUGCACAUUUCACAUUUCCAAAGGUUUAUUUUCUUUUUUAUUUUAUUCUUUUUGCUCAUCCCACAUCCUGGAAUGAAGAAGGCCACAGCAUGACAGUGCAAAAAGGAUGCAGGGACUUCAAGCUCUCUUGAAAAUGACAUUUUUCUUUGUGCUUUUAUGUUUCUUAUUGUUUUUCUGUGCACUACUGGCUUUUAAACAUGCUUUGUUAUGGAAUUCUUUGCACUUGUGUCUAAUGUACUGAAAUAUUGUUAUAGUCUUUGUAACGUAUAUUGUCUCAAGAAUUAAAUGAAAUGUGGGUUUGGGGAUAUUUGAUGGCUGUACUUGACGCCAUUGUUCUAGCUGUCUUGUUGAAUCUUAAAUGUACGAUGGUGUGUUUAAAGUAGCGUAAAAAGAUUUCAAAAACUUGUUUUGAAAAAGACUUGCACAAGGCAUGAUUCAUUUAAAAAUUUUUAAAGCCCUAUUCAAAUUCUACAAAUUGAUUUCCAAAGCUAGCUAUGAGAUUCGGUUUUGAAACUCAAUGUGUUCCGUACUCACUAAGCUCCAAGCUGUGAGUAGGAAUUGAAGUGAUGGUUGAUAGAAACUAAAUAUCGGCCAUGAGUUGGAGAAAAUUAUUCUUUUGAAUAUGAAGUCAUCCCAGAGAAAUAUAAUGUAACCAAAAGUGAGGUCAUAAUCUUUACAUUUUGUUUUUAAUUCAAUCAGUAGUCCUUUCUAAGUUGCUUUCUUAAUUCUUCUGAAAUUCUUUUAAUUCAGUGUAAUAUCCUUCAUUUAGCACAUAAGGGCUUUAGAGUGUUGAAAAAAAUUAAAUGAUUCUUUCUAGAGGAUACCCUAGUGCUCAUCAAAAAUGUUUCCUAGAUCAGUCACUGAUACCACUUGAAAUUGUAGUUCACACACCUUUGAACAUCUUAAGACUAGACUGUUUCAUCCAUCUGAUGAAACUUCUCACAGGUUAGGUAGAGCAUUCCCAAAUGUUAAGGAAGGGGGAAGAUGGUUGUGAGAGUUCCACAGGUGAUUCCAACAUAUCCCUGAGGCCACUCCUCACCCACUGCCCCCCACCUUCUUUGGUGAAAAGGACUGAUGUAGUAAAGCACUCUAAGACGGAGACUAGGUCAUUUUUGUUUUUACUACGUUUAAUUCAUGUCAUUAUUAAUAAUUAUCAGAUGUAUGUAUUAACAUACGGAUUACAUUACACAUUUAGUUACAUAAUUAUCAUUUGACUUGGGCCCAAGUCACAACAAAUGCCUUUUGGCAUAAUUAGAGUUAGAAGUACACAGCAUAGUGAUGCAGAAUGGAGUGUUACCAAGAUCCAGUGAUUUCUCCAUUUCAGUUGGAAGCCUUCUUAAUAUGGAAACUUUAGUGGAAAAGAUUGAACUUGGAAGAUGAUAAAAAUUUAAGCUGUACAGUUUAGAAACAAUUGGAGAAGAAUUUAUUAAGUGGGGGGAAAAGAUGUACCAUUCAUUUUGAAAGAGCGGAGAAGCAAUUUUUACCCAACCAAGUAAACUAACAUAAAAAGGGCUUUGGUUUUUCAUGAAUCAGGCCUCUGGUGACUCUGUUCAGCUGGUGCUUUUUACAUGUAUACAAAUUAUUUUUAUCAACCUGGUUGUUUCAUAGCUUUGAUGUGUAGUAUCUCUUUAUAGGAUGCAAUUUUGAGACACACUCUGCACCUUCCUCUCAAUUAGGCAAGUAUACCUAUUGUAAUUGUUCUCUUUUACUGAUGUGACCGAUAUGCUCCAUUCCCUUCACAAAAUAAACGGCAGCAGCUUAUUCUAUGUCAAUAAAAUUGUCUAAUUGUCAUUCAAAUCCCAUUAUAGCCAUUUCUCACGUACUUACAAAGGUGGAAAAGAUACGCGGAUUUUGAAAUUUUAUGCCUCAAAGAUUACCUUUCCCCUCAGUUUUCUUGUACAUCAAUGCAAAGCACUCUUUAUAAGCAGAGCACUUGUGGGCAAAGGCAUUAGUCAGACCAAAGGUUGUAGUGUUUGCAGGUUUAAACUGAACUCUUUUUUGAUAUUGUUUUAUCAAAAGAGACAUGUUUUCUUAUCAAUGUCAAUUUUGCUUCCUAUUUCUCUCUCCC